AACAGAGAAUAUUUAUGCCCUUUGUUCCCAGUUUCUUCGUUCUUCUUCCCACAGUCCCACUCUUGUUGCACUUGCAAUUUUUACAGCGACUGCGUUCACUCACCGCCACCGGCCACCGAAUUUCGCCGUCGUCAACUCGUCGUCUGGCGACCUGCCAGGCUGCCACCACUCGGCCGUUGCCAUCCGAAUUCCGAUACAAAAUCAGAAGAAAAUUUAGUUAGAAAAAAGCCCAUGAAACAUAUUAUAUACAGCCACGAGAUCUGAAAUAUACUAUCAGCCCAAAUCUUUUGAUCCUUUUGCCGCAUCCAUCAAACACAUUCCGGGCGUUGUCGGAGAAGAACACGCAGAGACCCAAUGGAGGCGCCAGCGACGGAGGUAAAGAAUAAAAGCUCGCCGGUGAUACCAUGGAUGAGAGACCCAGUUGAUAUUAGUAUCUCCGGCUCCUGCCCGCUCAGUUCUCUCCCUUUUCUUGACCCCAGAUUAGAGACAGCUUUGCAUAGUAUGGGAAUCACAUCACUCUUUCCUGUGCAAGUAGCAGUUUGGCAAGAAACAAUUGGGCCGGGUUCUUUUAAUCGAGACCUCUGCAUAAAUUCGCCCACAGGGAGUGGGAAAACUCUUGCUUAUGCUUUGCCGAUUGUGCAGACGCUAUCUUCUCGAACAGUAAAAUGCCUUCGAGCUCUGGUCGUAUUGCCCACUCGUGACUUGGCCGUGCAGGUUAAGGAAGUGUUUGCUGCUUUGGGCUCUGCAGUGGGCUUGUCUGUGGGUUUGGCAGUGGGCCAAUCUUCCAUUGCUGAUGAGAUCUCAUCUCUCAUCGAGAAGCCCAAUGUGGGAACUAGCAGUUGUGAUGAACCUGAAGAUUUCGUUCGGGAGCCAAAAAGUUCGGUGGAUAUACUUGUAGCAACGCCAGGAAGGCUAAUGGACCAUAUUAAUAACACUGAUGGUUUCACGCUCGAGCAUCUUUGUUACCUUGUGGUUGAUGAAACAGAUCGGUUACUAAGAGAAGCCUACCAAUCUUGGCUGCCUACUGUUCUUCAGUUGGCUUAUUCUCGAAAUCAAAAUCGAGUUCCAUUUUCUGAUGAUGAUAUUCUUCCUACAUACGGCUCACUCAAAACCAUCCGAAAUUUUGGGGUCGAGAGGGGGUUUAAGGGCAGGGCUCAUCCGAGACUCUCGAAGAUGGUCCUAUCAGCUACACUAACUCAAGAUCCGAGUAAGAUUGCGCAGCUUGAUCUUCAUCAUCCAUUGUUAUUGACUACUGGACGAAAGCGCUACCAGCUUCCCGAACAACUGAAAUCUUAUAAAGUGUUGUGCACGUCAAAGCUUAAACCACUUUAUCUACUGGCGUUGUUGGGAACUUUGCAAGGGGAGAAAAGCAUUGUUUUCACGUCAUCCGUAGAGUCGACUCACAGACUUUGCACAUUGUUAAAUUUCUUCGGUGACCUUCAAAUUAAGAUUAAGGAGUAUUCUCGUCUGCAGCGUCAGUCCAUAAGAAGCAAGACAUUGAGGGCAUUUCGGUCAGGAGAAGUGCAAGUACUGAUUUCAUCUGAUGCAAUGACUCGAGGAAUGGACGUUGAAGGGGUGAAAAAUGUAAUAAAUUACGAUAUGCCCUCGUAUAUAAAGACCUACAUUCACCGAGCCGGCCGAACUGCGAGGGCUGGGCAAACCGGGUGUUGCUUCACGCUUUUGCACAAGGAUGAGGUUGCACGAUUCAACAGGCUGUUACGAAAGGCUGAUAAUGAUUCUUGUCCCGUUUUUCCUGUUCCAUCUGAGUCGGUAGAGUCGUUUCAGUCCAUGUACAAAACAGCUUUGGAACGACUGAAAGAGAGUGUCGAAUCCGAAAAAUUUAGAAAGGGCAGUGUUAGGAGCAAGCGCCCAGGUGUUGUUUGCGAAAAGGCGAAAGCUGCCUGAAGGAACACACAGAAUAUGAUAAAAAGAAACAAGGUCUCUCGUUUUAUUUUUGAAGUAUUAUAAUCUUAAACUGUGUAUGGGUAAAUUUUUUUGUGUUUGUUAAAGUUGAGGUAUAUUUCUAUUUUGGACCACAUUUAUAGUUCGACUUCAAACCUUUCUCAUUAUUAUUUCAGAUGUACGGUCGAAUUUGCCUCCAUACUUUAUAUAAUAACUGUUACGAUAGUCUAACGGUUAGACGACUACAUUAAGACGGCCUUAUGCUUUCAUCAGAUGUACAUACGUUUUAGUUUGACAUUUUGUAAAUGUAUUUUUUUUUUUUUUCAAA